AUGCGGCCGUCCAGCGUCGGCCGCCACGCCGCUGCGUCUUUCCACCGUCGAGCCCUCCCCACCCUCAAACGCGCCCAUCCAAUCCACCCCCAGCCCGUCGCUCUCGCCUCGGCGGCUGUUGCCCGAAUACGCCAUAAUACAACCCUCGCGCUCGAGAAGGGCAGGGAUAUUGGGGGUGUGGACGUACUGGGUUUGAAGGCCCCAACGAGCUCUACCUCAGACUCCGACGUCACCACGCCGCUGAAGCGGUACUUCGAGCUCGUCGACUCCGGUGUCCUUCGUCCCGACGACCACCAGACUCGCAUCAUCGAGAAGCUGCAGCGUCUGCACGAUGACCUCGUGCACUACUCCCCACCCGCGAUUGCGCCCCCCUCACAUUCCCUACUCUCGCGCCUCUUCGCGAAACAGGAAGACUCUGCCCCCACCGAGCCCCCAGCAGGCCUGCCCGAGGGCCUGUAUCUCUACGGGGACGUCGGCACCGGCAAGACGAUGCUCAUGGACCUCUUCUACAACACCCUCCCGCCGAACGUCGUCCGGAAGCGGCGCGUGCACUUCCACGCGUUCAUGAUCGACGUCCACAAGCGCAUACACUCGAUGAAGACCAAGCUCGGGCUCGGCGGCGGCGACCCGAUCCCCCCGGUCGCGCGCGACCUCGCGCAGGACGCGUACGUGCUCUGCUUCGACGAGUUCCAGGUGACGGACAUCGCGGACGCCAUGAUCCUCCGGCAGCUGUUUGAGAGGCUGUUGAAUUACGGGGUGACCUGCGUCAUGACGUCAAAUCGUCAUCCCGAUGAUCUGUACAAGAACGGCAUCCAGAGGUCAAGUUUCGUGCCGUGCAUCGAACUGCUGAAGGAGCGGUUUGAGGUGACGGACCUCGACUCUGGGACAGAUUACCGCCGGAUGCCCCGAUCGCUCUCCCAUGUCUACUACGACCCAUUGACACCAGAGAACAAGGCCGAAGUCGACAAGGUCUUCAACGCUCUCACCUCCGACCCAUCCGAUCCUGUGGUGCACAACCGCAAACUCAUGACGUGGGGUCGCGAGAUUCGGGUCCCUGAAAGCUCGUCCACCGUGGCGAAGUUCGAGUUCACUGACCUAUGCGGCAAGCCGAUGAGCGCAGCGGACUACAUUGAGAUCACCAAGAACUUUGGUACCAUCUUCGUGACGGACGUUCCUAAGAUGGGACUCGGCCAGAAGGACAUGGCUCGGAGGUUCAUCACGUUCGUCGAUGCGUGUUACGAGAGCAAGACCAAGCUUCUCGUGUCGUCGGAAGUACCCAUAUACCAGAUCUUCUCCGACGACCCGAACGCCAAGAAGGGCGGGAUUUCAGACCACAUGCGCAGCGUCAUGGACGACCUCGGCUUGUCGAGUGACCUUGUAGGGUCGAGCUCCAUGUUCACUGGGGACGAAGAACUGUUCGCUUUCGCGCGGUGCUGCUCCCGUCUAGUCCAGAUGGGAAGCAAGGAGUGGGCGGAGACUGCGGGUGCACGAUAG